AUGGCUUCCAGCUGCCUAUUCUUUAUUUCAUUAUUUUUAAUCAUCUCAGCCCAAGAAGACUCCGAAAUAAUCGAAUACGAUUCCAUUGGAACUCUUAGCCAAUACCUCAAUUUUGACCAAUUUUCUCCUUCACCACUAAAUGACGCGUCUUGUCCAUCUUAUGCAUGUAAGACGUCUAAAAUGACUUUUGAUAAAAACCAAUGCGUCUAUUAUGAUGCAGCCGACAAUGCUUAUUAUGCCAAAAAAUGCUCAACAAAAGAUACUCAUUGCAACAUCACUUUAAAUGCAAACUCAGUCUGCAUACCAGAUCCGGAGCCAGAUAUUAUACUAAACUACCCUGGAGAGUCCUGCAAGAGUAGUGAUAAUUGCUUUAAUUCUUUCCCUUGUGUUAAUAAAGUCUGUCAAGGCUUAAGCCAAGGAGAAAGCUGCAGCAAUACUAUUUUUUGUGAUGUCGGGCUAUAUUGCAAUACCCCAACAGCAGGCCAAAAUGGGACCUGCCAAGCACAAAUUGACAUUGGAAAAUCAGGCUGUUCGGUUGAUUUUGACUGUGUAAACGGUGCUGGAUGUAAUGUUCUAACCCCAGGGUAUUCCACUUCUAAUGAGUGCAUAGCUUAUCAUUCAAUUCCGCCUCAUCAAGCUGUUGGGACUUGUGAUGUGCACUCUAUGAGUGAGCUCUGUCAAUCUGAGUACUGUGAAAGCUUAAAAGGAGUCAAUUAUUGUACAAAUUUACUUAACUCUACUCAAAAAAUCCCUGUUAAAUGCAAUGCAAAUACUCCGUGCUUAUCAGCAGCUGACGAUUUCUUUGAAGCAGACCCUUUUCAAAUAAAUGAUAAUUGCGUCUGUGGGUUUAAUAAAGACAGAACAGCAUAUUGUCCUAUUUUCCCUGGCGAUUCUCCAAGAGUAAAGCUUAGAAUUCAGCAAGAUAAAUGGCUAAGCAGCACAAAAAUUAAUAGCUGCCAUACAAUUAGAAGAUUUGCCCCAGAAUGCCAAAAGCUAUACUGGAAUAGUGACGAUUUUUAUGCACUGGAGUAUUAUAGGGCGUAUUCUAUGUUGUUCCCAUUCGUUCAGGAUGCGCAAGAUUGUAUCCUUCAGACAUUUUUCAUAGAUUAUUAUAAUACCAAAAAGAGCUAUAAUGAUGAUGGUGCGGUCUCAAUAGUGAUUUCAGCGAUAUUAUUAGGGUUUAUAAUAUAA